UAUCAUAUUCGUGUGGAUACAACGCUGCUGUGAUCGAGGAAUGAAUUCUCGAGCGGUUCCUUCCACUCCUGGAGGACCUAGGUCUCGAUCCCGUUUGAACUACCGCGCAUUCAGCCCAAAACAGUCGCGUCAUCGGUCGAGUUGAUUUUUAUGCAUGAAUCAAGCCAAUCUGGAGGAUGCUAUCAUUCACAGCGUGAAAAACCUCGCUUGCAGCGAUGCCAAGCCCUGGGAUCGAUUUCAACAAGACACAGAUCGACCUGGCCACCUUGACUGGAAGCGUCCACAACGAGGAGAACGAGGCGUAGCAAGUUGCGUACCGCAAGAAGAACAGGCGGAGUUGUCUUUGCUCAAGCAAUUCGAUCGAGGACAUCGAACGAGCCAAGUUCGACGCGCUUGCAUUCAAAAUAUCCAAGUCAUGCGGUGUCCUGUCAUGGAAGUUGCCAAUGCGUCGAUGGACGAGAAAAAUGCUCCAAGGCGCAAACUGCACCGUGAUACCGUGCGGGAUAUGAGCCAGUGGGCGUCUACCCAAGUCACAGGCAAUCCGCAUUCAUGUUUUGCUGAACGCUCCCGAUGCCCCACAGAAUCCCUCAACACGAUUGCGCUGAAUGCCACUGGCACGACGUGGCGCAACACGAAUCGCUGGAUAUGUACAUCCGAAAGCCUUGCAAGGAGUGAAUCGCAUGUCCCAGAACAAAUGUAAGUUUUAACAACACGGAUUCCCAUCGCUCGAUUCGUG